AUGUCUGCUGGUCAGCCAUCAGGGAAGUUAGGAUUUCUUCUCCCCAUAGAGACUGGGAAACAGGGGCCCUAUUCCUCCCGUGAUUAUUUUCCAAAGGAACGGCUUCGAGAUCUUUGGGAAAGACAGCGAUACAUACUCACAGUUUGCUGGGGACAAGAGGAGUACCUGGAACUGCUUGAACAAAGAACUGAGUCCAGUAACGUCUACAAGGCAACAUGGGGAGAAGGCAAAGACAACACUCUUAGUAAUGUGGUAUGUAGCCAGCCAGGUCGAGUGACAAAUGGUCAGCUUCAACAAGCAACUACUGGAACAGCCAACAGCAGAUCCAUUCAACUUAGAAGUAAUGAUGCCAGAGAUGAUGAAAUAGAAGAGAACCUGACUCAAGUGGGCAGUGUCCUAGGACAUUGGAAAAAUAAGGCUCUGGACAUGGGCAAUGGGGUUGAGGCUACAGAUCCACAAAUAGACUGGAUCACAGAAAAGGCUGGUAUCAACAAAGAUCAUAUUGACUUUGCCAGUGCCAGAGCAAUGAAAUUCAUUGAUAGCUAA